AAAAAAAAGAGAACAAAAAGGAAGAUGUGGCUGAAAAGGUGGUGAAAAAGCCUCGAAAGCAUUGCAGUCGGAACCCAGUCCUGGCCCGAGGGAUUGGUAGAUACUCCAGGUCUGCAAUGUAUUCCCAGAGAGCCAUGUACAAGCGGAAAUAUGCUGCACCAAAAACCCAGAUUGAAAGGAAAAAGAAAGAGAAGGUGCCUGCUACUAUCUCAAAGCCAGUUGGUGGUGAUAAGAAUGGAGGAACCUGUGUGGUAAAGAUUUGCAAAAUGCCUCGGUAUUACCCUACUGAGGAUGUGCCUAGAAAGCUGCUAAGUCAUGGCAAAAAGCCCUUCAGCCAGCAUGUGAGGAGACUUCGAGCUAGCAUCAAGCCAGGCACUGUUCUGAUCAUGCUCACUGGCCGCCACAGGGGCAAGCAAGUGGUUUUCCUGAAGCAGCUGGCUAGUGGCUUGCUACUGGUGACUGGACCUCUGACCAUCAACCGUGUUCCUCUGAGAAGGACCCAUCAGAAAUUUGUCAUUGCCACCUCUACCAGGGUUAACCUUUCAGGUGUAAAAAUUCCAAAUCAUCUUACUGAUGCUUAA